AGAAGUGAUAUAUUUGACGUAAAUUUAUCACUACUGUUGGGAGGUGGAAAUACGAGUGUAUAUAAGUAGCAUUCUACUUCAAUUUCUUACAAUCUGAUCAAACUAGCUAUCCAUUAGAAAUCAACACGAUAAAUUCAAGAUGAACUAUGUAAUGCGUAUAUUGCUCUGCAUUAGUAAUAUUAUAUAUUUAAUGCUGAUUAGGAUAUUUUCGCUUAUUCGCUACAAAAAACCACCAAACAUACCGUCAAUAACAGAUUUCUUGUUAACGAUAAGCGCUACUGAGCUCGCUAAGAAAAUUAGAGAAAGAAAGUACACAAGCUAUGAUGUGGUGCGUACAUACAUUGAACGAAUCAAGGAAGUAAAUCCUUACAUCAAUGCCGUCGUCGACGACAGAUACGAAGAAGCUUUGGCUGAGGCCAAAAAUUGUGACGCAUUAUUAAAAUCCGGCAAUGUUGAUAUCGUAGCGUUGAAGAAACAAAAGCCACUGUACGGUGUGCCGCUUACCAUUAAAGAAGCCUGUCCUGUUAAAGGUCUUAGUCAUACGGGCUGCACUUUAGCUCACAGAGGAAGAAAAGCAAUCGCCGAUGGCGAAGUCGUUACGAUGUUACGAGAUGCCGGUGCGAUUCCACUAUGCGUUACUAACAGUGCAGAAAUGUGCGGUGGCAUCGAUACUUACAAUUUUUUGUACGGCCGUUCGUAUAAUCCUUAUGAUACAAGAUACACAACCGGCGGCUCGUCCGGCGGUGAGGCCGCCUUACUUGGAGCAGGUGCUUCGUUGAUCGGAAUUGGCUCAGACUUCGCUGGUUCCAUCAGAAUACCGGGACUGUUCUGCGGGAUCUUCGGAUUAAAACCCACGUCGAAAGUUAUUCCAGCAAGAGAUCAUUAUCCAACGAACGAAAAUGAAAAUUUUCAUAAUUGUCUGUCAUAUGGUCCAAUGACUCGAUACGCGGACGACCUCAGACUUUUUAUGGAAAUGAUAUCGACAAAGUCGAAUAUUGAUUUAUGCUUGGAUGAGCCGGUUGACUGGAAGCAAACAAAAGUGUAUUACCAGCAAAAUAUGGGUAAAUCGUUUGGUAUAUUGUCGAUGUCGCCGGAUCUCGAGCAAUGCAUUUUGAAAGCUGCUGAUUACUUCUCCAAAUGUGGUAUUCACACACAGAAGAUACCCAUGGAAUGGCCAGCCUCAUUACUUGAAAUGACAAUAAUGCAAUUCUUGAAUGUAGGGAAGGUUGAUGUACUUAUAGAUAUCAAUAAUUCUAAGCUUGAGAAAAGUCCAAUGCUAGAAAUGAUAAAAGCUGUAUUUGGGCUAUCACAUCAUACAAUGUCUCUGUUGUUUUUUACGUUGCUGCAACAAUAUUAUAACUUUCCGAAAAGAAGGAAAUUACAUUAUUUACAGAAGUUUAAAGAAUUUCAAGAGACAUUGCAGCAACUAUUGGGAAAGAAUGGAUUGUUAAUUCAUCCAACUUUCCGAAUCACUGCACCUUUCCCAGAACUAGUUCUUGGUGAAGUAGGAAAUAUACCAUACUGUGCUUUGUUUAAUGUUCUUGGCUUUCCUGCAGUACAAGUACCAAUGGGACUUAAUAAGGAUAGAAUGCCCAUGGGAGUUCAGAUAAUAGCUGCACCAUAUCAAGACCGUCUCUGUUUGGCAGCUGCAAAGGAGUUGGAGAUAGCCUUUGGUGGUUGGGUGCCACCUUCAAUAGAAAUAAGUGAUUAAAAGAAUAUUGCUACCGUUAAAUUAGUCUUGUAAAGAGUCAUGAAGAGAAUAUCUUUGUAUUGAAUUACUUGUAUAUUAUUAAUUAUAAAUGUUUUAUUUGA